AGAAAUCAGCCUGCAUCCAGAGACCAACCCCCAACACCACUUCUUUGCUGUUCCAGCCAUGGAGGCUUCAGAUCGGAACAUGUUUAGGGUGUUGAUCAAGGCGUUGACAGAAAGAAUGUUCAAAUAUCUUCGGAAAUGGUUUGUCACUCACUUUUUUGGGCACUCUCGGCAAAGAGUGAGGCUGGUUUCCAAAGACGGAAGGUGCAAUAUAGAGUUUGGCAAUGUGGAGGCACAGACAAGGUUGAUAUUCUUUGUGGACAUUUGGACGACUGUCCUUGACCUCAAAUGGAGAUACAAGAUGACCAUCUUCAUCACAGCCUUCUUGGGGAGCUGGUUCCUCUUUGGUCUCCUGUGGUACGCGGUAGCCUAUAUUCAUAAAGACCUCCCUGAGUUCUAUCCAUCUGCCAACCACACCCCUUGUGUGGAGAAUGUUAAUGGUUUGACCUCGGCUUUUCUGUUUUCUCUGGAAACGCAAGUGACCAUUGGAUAUGGAUUCAGGUAUGUGACGGAACAGUGUGGCACUGCCAUUUUUCUGCUUAUCUUCCAGUCUAUACUUGGAGUCAUGAUCAAUUCCUUCAUGUGUGGCGCCAUUUUAGCCAAGAUCUCCAGACCCAAAAAGCGUGCGAAGACCAUUACGUUCAGCAAGAAUGCGGUGAUCAGUAAGCGGGGUGGAAAGCUGUGUCUCCUAAUUCGCGUGGCUAAUCUUCGGAAGAGCCUCCUCAUCAGCAGUCACAUAUAUGGGAAGCUUCUGAAGACCACAGUCACUCCUGAAGGAGAGACCAUUAUUUUGGACCAGACCAAUAUCAACUUUGUAGUUGACGCUGGGAAUGAAAAUUUAUUCUUCAUCUCUCCACUGACAAUUUACCAUGUCAUUGAUCACAACAGCCCCUUUUUCCACAUGGCAGCAGAAACCCUUCCCCAGCAAGACUUUGAAUUAGUGGUGUUUUUAGAUGGCACAGUGGAAUCAACCAGUGCUACCUGCCAAGUCCGGACAUCCUAUGUCCCAGAAGAGGUGCUUUGGGGAUAUCGUUUUGCUCCCAUAGUAUCCAAGACCAAGGAAGGGAAAUACCGAGUGGAUUUCCAUAACUUUAGCAAGACAGUGGAAGUGGAUACCCCUCACUGUGCCAUGUGCCUUUAUAAUGAGAGAGAUGCUAGAGCCAAGAUGAAGAGAGGCUACGACAACCCCAACUUCAUUUUGUCAGAAGUCAACGAGACAGAUGACACUAAAAUGUAA